AACCAUAUGAUAAGAUGAAAUUCAACAAUCGGUCAUCUCCGUCCAUCUCUUAAAGGAACACGGUGUUUACGCUUGGUUGCGUAUUGAGGGUUUCCUCACGAAAUAAACGAACAGCUGUCCUACCCAGGGCAUCUUCGGCACGUUGAAAUUUAAAAUCCGUGAAAUCAUUUCAAUAAUUUUUAUUUGCUUUUAUGUAAAACUCCUUUAAAAUGGUGUCAAAUUUGUCCCAGCAGAAGAAGAGAGAUUGAUUUGAAUGAGCUACAGCAACUAUUCUGCAGAUUUUGAGUUGCAGUGUAAAGUACAGAAGAAGUUUGGAGAUGGCUGCAUCAAUCAAGCUUUCCACCGUUUCCUUUUCUUCCUUGCAGCCUUGUUCUAGUAUCAGACAGCCUUUAAUGCCGAUAAAAAUAGGAUGCACAAAGUCAAUAGUUUUGGUUUCUCAGAAGAAGAAACAAAACGGAACACAGAGUCGCCUUCAAAGGCAUUUGAAAGUUAAAGCUUUGGAUGCUGCACAACCAUUUGAUUACGAAUCCAAGAGAAUUAAUGAGAUUGAGAACAAUAGUAAGUUAAAGAUUGGCAUAGUGGGGUUUGGCAAUUUUGGUCAGUUUCUUGCAAAGACCAUUGUCGGGCAAGGCCAUACCGUAUUGGCUCAUUCUCGAAGAGAUUAUAGUGAGGUUGCACAGAAGAUGGGUGUUUCUUUUUACAUGGAUCAAGAUGAUUUUUGUGAGGAGCAUCCUGAGGUUAUAUUGCUAUGUUCAUCUAUAAUCUCAACUGAGUCUGUUUUGAGAUUGUUACCGACUCAAAGAUUAAAGAGAAAUACAUUAUUUGUAGAUGUCCUUUCGGUCAAAGAGUUUCCUCGCAAUCUAUUUUUACAGGUGCUUCCCUCUGAAUUUGAUAUAUUGUGCACCCAUCCUAUGUUUGGCCCUGAGAGUGGUAAAGCUGGGUGGAGCGGUCUUCCUUUGGUCUAUGAUAAAGUUAGGAUUGGACAAGGAUUGAGAGCUGAGCGCUGUCAGCAGUUUUUGAAUAUAUUUGCAAAAGAAGGCUGCAGGAUGGUUGAGAUGUCCUGUGCGGAACACGAUCGCCAUGCUGCUGAAACUCAAUUCAUUACACACACUGUUGGGAGGAUGUUAGGGAAUUUGAAUUUAGAAUCCACCCCAAUAAAUACUAAAGGAUAUGAGUCAUUACUUCGAAUUGUUGAGAACACUGCUGGUGACAGCUUUGAUCUUUAUUAUGGUUUGUUUAUGUACAAUGUCAAUGCAACAGAGCAGUUGGAGAGACUGGAGAUGGCUUUUGAUGCUCUAAAAAAACAGCUUGUAGGGCGGUUGCACAAGAUUUUAAGAACACAGUUAUUUGAUGGGGUUGCCAGGGGAGAAGUGUCUGAGCAAAGUUCAUCUCUUGCGGAUCCACAAAACCCUACUUCCGACACCACUAUUCCAUUAAGAACAAAAUAACAAACUAUCCUUGUUUUGUUUAAAACCAAGUAGAGCCAUGCAAUUCUCUUCUCAUCUGUAGCCAAACAGAGAUUUGUUUCUUUAAAGGGUCCCCCCUUAGGGACAAGAAAGUAGCUGUGGAUCAUGAUGUUGAAGAAUCGGUUGAGGCCUUCAGGGGAACCUCUCUUAAGGAUAAAAAAUAUUUUUGAGGCUUCUGUUGAGGUCUCGAGGGUAGCCCCCCUGAAAGAUAAAUAUGUGAAUGAUUUUGAUUCUUUGAUGUUUCAAAACUCCUUGGUCAGGCUCAGCUUCAAACCUCAUUGAGGCUGUUUGCUACUGUUCAGCUGUGUGGUUUUGCUGGGGCCCCUCUUGAUUUAAGGCCAGUUCCUUUUAAAUUUCGUUCUUUGUUGCUGUAGUCUCUUUGGGGGCUUGCUGUAGGCUCCCUCGUUGUUGCUGUUUAGCUUUGUUAUUCCUGUUUUGCAGCAUUUUGUAAAAGGUUUCAAGUGCCUUUAAAACCUGUUUUUCCUUAAAAACAGAGACUUGUUACAACUUUCUUAAAACAUUUCUCCUUCUUUAUUAUGUUAUCUUUCUAAAAAUUUCUCCAUUUUUUA